UUGUCAGUGAGGAUGGCCCUACCAGUGAAGGUACUGAGUAAUGCUGCCAGAGUUUGUCCCAGACUGCAGCCCAGUCUUUGUUUAGCUGCAUGCGUAACCAGGCAACAGACAAGGAACCACACCAUCGUAAUGGAGCGUGUCAUACCCAUCCCACCUGGUAAAGAUGGUGGCCUACCAAAUGUUCGGGAUAUGAAUGAACUUUAUAAAAUACUUCGUCAUGUGAAGACAGUGUACUACCCCAGUCAGAUGUCCUGCAUUCUCACUGACUUUGUGGAAGGUCUAGGCAUUAGAGGGGAUGUUGUCAAGGUGAAGAGGAACAUGUUCCAUGAUCAGCUGUUCCCUGCUGGACUGGCUGUCUAUGCUUCUCCGCAGAACUUGAAGGAGUUUGAGGAGGAGAGGAAGGCUCUGGGUAUUGAAAAGGCAGAGACCAGAUUGGGCGUGCUUGCAAGGAUGACCAUGAAAGAAUUGAACCACAUGAACCUACAAAUCCCAAUGAAUGAAAAUGUGGAGUGGGUACUCACUAAAGAACAUGUGCAAGUAGCAUUCAGGACUCAGGGUGUGGAGAUGCUGGAACAAUGUAUCCAACUGCCAGAGGAGGAGAUUACAACUUUUCAAGACUUGACUGUCAAGGUCACGAUCAAUGGUCUAGAGACAGUGACAGUAAAAGCUACCAUUGUCCCCAUCUCUGAGAAGUUUGUCACACCUGCUUCUAAGAUAGGAAAGCUAAAAAAAUAGUUGUUUGUGUUAAUAUUGGGAGGG